AUUAUUUUAAAUUUUUUUUAAAAUUGAAUCGUUUCACUGCAUCUAUAAAAAAAUAGAAACGCUUUUUCGUUUAUUUUUAAGGAAAUUAUGAAAACCAAAAUACACUUCAAUUUUUUCUAUCAAUAAAACGUUCUACUUGUAUUUAAACUGUUACAUGCAUUACAGAGCGUAUUUCUAGAGCAUUUAUAACACUUUUCAAUUUAUUGUUUUUGAAAAUGGCAAAUGUUUUAAUAGAAAAAUCGAUUUGCAAAAAAACAUAUGUUUCAAAAGUUGCAGCAGCAAAAAUCAAAGAAAAAGUUGACCAAGUAGUAAAUUCAAAUGAAAACAAUUUAUUUAAAAUUGAUCGUUUAAAACAAAUAGAAAAAGAACAGUAUAAAUGUUUGAUACAUGAACUUGCUUAUAAGAAGUCUGCAGAAGAGCUAAAGGACUUGACAAUAAUCAUGAAUGAUCUCGGGCAUUUAACUUCUUUUUUAGGAGAUUUUAGCGGCGAGGUUAAAUAUUAUACCGAGGCUGCAGUAUUUUAUCAAUAUGUUAUUGCGAUACUAGAUCAAAAGCUAAAUGAAAAGUUAAUAAGAAUUGAAGAUAAAAACAAAUUUAUAAAAGAACAGCAUAUAAGUCCAUAUCAACAGUUGGCUCAUAUUCAAAAGCUAUUAUUUUUAGCAAUUGGUGGCGACCAACAAAAAAUGCUAAGCAUACAAGAGGAAACAGAGAAUAAUAAAAAUCUAUUGUUAACAUUGCGAGACAAAACUUCUCAAGUAAUAAAAGAGUUAAACACUAAACGUGAACAGGUUAAUAUGGAUAAUCUUGAAGAAAAACUAAAAUAUCAAAAGUUCUAUGUAGAUGUUGUUAGAGCAUGCUUUGAAAACUUAGCUGAUGCGAUGAAAAGGUUUUUAAAAAAAUUGUAUUACGAUAGUGAAGACCAAAUGGCUGUAAAAAGACCUUGUAAAUAUGCAGUAAUAGGACUUGGUUCAAUGGCACUUAAGCAAAUGACACCAUAUUCAGAUUUUGAAUUCGCUAUUUUGACAGAGAAUGAUGACUAUAAGCAAAGUGAUGAUCCCAAAAUAAAAAAGUAUUUUAAGAACCUAAGCUACUUAGUAAACUUUAAAAUUAUCAAUUUAGGAGAAAGCAUUAUUCCUACAAGUAAAUAUGGUUUAGAUCUGAGUCAUCUUGUAAAUGUAGCAGUUAAUUUAGAUUUAGGAGGGAAAACACCACUCGGAAGAAUAGAGGGCGAUAAAAUUUAUCAUUUAAUACAACCAAUUGAUAUGAUGCUGAGUUAUGUAUAUAAUAAAGAAAAUUGGGCAAGUCAUAUUGACAAAAACUUGCCAUACAUAUUGCAAAAUGUGUGUUAUGUUUACGGAGAUAAUAAACUCGUAGAAACUUAUAAAAAAAAAGUUACAGAGUUUUUGCAUAGCCAUGAUACCGAACAAACCAGAUUAAACUGUGAGUUAAGAGCCAUUAAAAUACUCAACGAAGGUAUAUUAGAGCUAGACUAUCUUCAUACAACAUCACAUCUAAAACCAAAAGAAACUUACUUUAAAGGUGAUAUACAUAAAUUUCAACCUGAAUUUUUUGACACGGAAGGUCAAUUAUUUGACGUAAAGCAAGAAAUCUAUCGGUUACCUGAUCGCAUGAUACAUAAUCUUGGUUUGUAUUAUGGUAUUGAAGGAGAUAGUGCAUGGGAUAUUUUAGAUAAACUAGAGGCUAAAAAAGUUAUUAAUUCACAGGCAACACUUAAUCUAAAAUAUACUAUAUCUUUUGCUACUUCCAUCAGAUUAAAAACUUAUUCUCAUCACAAAGCACAGAAAGACGAUAUGUCAAUAUUUGUCAGACCAGCUAAAACUGAAUCUGAACUUAAAGAGAGAUUUAAACAAAAUUUUUAUUUAGCUAAAGGAGAUUUAGAAGAACAAGGCGACUUGUUUCAUUAUUUUUACACAGCGUUGCCCUUUCAUGAAAUUAUAAAAGAUUUUUGCAAUCAAUAUAAGACAUUAGACGAAACAUGCAAACAAUCUUUUUUUAAGGACAAUAAUUUCUACAAAGAUGAUUGUGCUAUAAAAGGUUUUAUUUAUUUUAGAUUAGCACAAUAUAAGAAUGCUGAAAGCAAUUUAAAGAAAGCGUUAGAUGAUUCAAAUAAUAAAGAAAAUUGGCAAAUAUUGCAAACCUUAGGAAGUUUAUAUCUUAGUGUUGGUAAAUACGAUCAGGCUAUUAAAAUUUUUGAGUAUUGUUCUAAAACCAUAAAAAUGGUUUCUUGCGAUGACCCUCAUAAGAGUUUAUUUAGCGGAGAGUUUUUAAACAACUUAGGAAUAGCAUAUUAUUCUAAAGAACUUUAUGGCGAGGCAAUCGAAUGUUACAACAAUAGUCUAAAGAUUUACAAAUUUAUAUACCAAGAUGAACCUAACCCAAACGUUUCUUCUUGCUUAAAUAAUUUAGGAGAAGCUUAUAGAAAUAUUGGUCAAUACAAUCAAGCAAUAGAAAAAUUUAAAGAAAGUUUAAAAGUUAUAAGAUUAGUUUAUAAAAACAAAACUCAUUCAAGUUUUGCUGCUUCUUUAAAUAAUCUAGGGUUAGUAUAUAACCACAAACAAUUUUACGAUAAAGCAAUUAAAUCUUUUAAAAAAAGUUUGAAGAUUUACAAGCUUUUUUACAAAUAUGAACCACACCCUCGUGUUGCUGAUUGUUUAAACAAUUUAGCACAAACUUAUCGAGCCAAAGGAGAAUAUGAUUGGGCCAUCAAGUAUUACAAAAAAAGUAUAAAGAUCUAUAAGUUUGUUUACAAAGAUGAAUUCCACCCAAUUGUUGCUGAUACUCUUUUUAAUUUAGGGAUAGCUUCUGCGGUAAAGUUGCAGCAUGAUGAAGCUGUUGAGUAUUAUAAUGAAUGCAUACAAAUUUACAAACACAUUUACCCUGAUGAACCUCACAUAAAUAUUGCUUUAUCUUUCAAAAAUAUAGGAUUUGCAUAUGAAGCUAAAGGGCAAUAUGACAAGGCGAUUGAGUGUUAUGAGGAGAGUCUUAAAGUAUACAAAUUAAUUUAUCAAGAUGAACCUCACACUAGUGUUGUUAUUAUUUUAAAUUCUCUUGGAAAUUUGUACAAAAAUAAAACCAAACAUGAACAGGCAAUAAAAUACUAUGAGGAAAGCUAA